UCAAAACGUCUAAAUAUGACUGGUUGAAUCCAAUAAUACCCCAUAUGUAGCCAACAGCGUGAUGAUGAAGCUCAAAACGUUUGUACAGCUUUAAUGCCAAUUUGUAUUAGGAUUGGUGUUCAAUAAACCAACCUUUCUUUGCUACACAGAUAUGAUGCAGCGAUGUAACAAUACUGUUCAGUGUCAGAUGAGGCCAUACAGACAGGCACCGAGUCCCCUCACACGCUCACCUAGACGAUCUCCAAGGAAACGGGAGGUCACAUUUCUCUCAGGUGUCCUGUCUUGCCUCAAAUGAAUGAUGACAUUAUGACACUACAAAAGUGCAGACGAGAAUGUACCUUUUGAAUAAACAAUGACUGAAAAAAAGUUCUAGGGGAAAAUGUCAAGUGGUUGCAUAUUAUGCAAUAAAGAUUUCCAUCCGUAGAUAAAGUCAAACGAAAGGGACACUUCGAGCAGCGGGGGACCAAACUGUACUUCUCCAAGACGUCGGAGGUGGGAGCCCAACACUGGGCGGCGAAAACGGAGCUAAUGUUAUGUAGAGCCCGGUCACUUGGAGAAGUUAGAAAACGACACAACACAAACGUAGUAAAACGAAGAAGCCUAGACGAAAUUCUCAAAAUAAUUGUGACCAAACCAUCAUAUCGGAAUCCUUCUAUUCUUCGCGAGGAAAAGGAGAAGACAGCAGCUGUGACUUUGGAUGGCAAUAAUGACAGACCGUUGUUUAACCCCUCGUUGUUGGAUGGUGACCGAUUCACAAGUUAUACAUCUUGGUUGUGUGGAAUAGCUGGGAGCUGAAAACUGAGAGACACAAGAACAUCGGCUGUCAGUGCAUAGCGCUGGAGGCUGCAGGGUGGCAGUGUGUUGUGGGGAGUUCCUGAGAUCGCAGAAGAGACAGAGGGGGACUGGCACUCACUCACGUAGAGUUACACACACAUCCUCUCUGCGUAGUGGCGCGCUGUGUUACCAGCUAGUGUCUCAGGGAUUGUGCGUGCGGUGGUACAGAACAGUAGGAUGGUGGCUGUGUGGUUGCCGUGGGGAUGGGCCUGGAGGACUGUACUGCUGGUGACUGGACUGGCUUCACUGAGACCCGGGACUGAUGCCAAUGUGUUGGAUACUAUAGUGCUACUGAGGAACCCUGUAAGAGACAGGUCAGAAAGCAGGAAGGAGGAGGGUGGGAGUACAGCCCUGGCUCCAGCACAGAGGAUCCUCUGGUGUCACUGUUACCCUCACUGUUCUGAAGACUCCAACAAUACCUGCAGGACUGAUGGUUGUUGCUUCACCAUGGUGGAGGAAGAAGAGGGAAGUCUCCCUGUGCUGACCUCUGGAUGUCUGGGGCUGGUAGGCUUAGAGUUCCAGUGCAGGGACAACGGGGGUCCCCAUCGGAGGAGGGCUGUGGAGUGCUGUACAGACCAGGACUACUGCAAUACAGACCUGCAUCCUACUUUACCCCCACUGACAACCCCUGAUUACGUGGACAGCAGUAUCCACCCCAUUGCUCUCUUCAUCUCUGUCUCAGUGUGCUGCAUCGUCUUGGUACUCAUCAUCGUCUUCUGUUACUUCAGGUAUAAGCGUCAGGAGUCGCGACCUCGCUACAGUAUCGGUCUGGAGCAGGAUGAGACUUAUAUCCCUCCUGGAGAAUCUCUGAAGGACCUGAUAGAACAGUCCCAGAGCUCUGGAUCGGGAUCAGGACUCCCCCUGCUGGUGCAGCGCACCAUAGCCAAGCAGAUUCAGAUGGUGAAGCAGAUAGGUAAGGGCCGCUACGGGGAGGUGUGGAUGGGUCGCUGGAGAGGAGAGAGAGUAGCCGUCAAAGUGUUCUUCACCACCGAGGAGGCCAGCUGGUUCAGAGAGACAGAGAUCUACCAAACUGUCCUCAUGAGACACGAGAACAUACUGGGCUUCAUAGCAGCGGACAUAAAGGGAACAGGCUCGUGGACCCAGCUCUACCUGAUCACAGACUACCAUGAGAGUGGAUCUCUGUACGACUACCUCAAGUCCACCACCCUGGACAUCAAGGCCAUGCUGCGGCUGGCCUACUCCUCAGUGUCAGGCCUCUGUCACCUCCACACAGAGAUCUUUGGCACCCAGGGCAAGCCAGCCAUCGCCCACAGAGACCUGAAGAGUAAGAACAUCCUGGUGAAGAAGAAUGGGGCCUGCUGCAUCGCUGACCUGGGACUGGCUGUCAAAUUCAUCAGUGACACCAACGAGGUGGACAUCCCUCCCAACACCAGGGUGGGCACUAAGCGCUACAUGCCCCCAGAGGUCCUGGAUGAGAGUCUGAACCGGAACCACUUCCAGUCCUACAUCAUGGCCGACAUGUACAGCUUCGGCCUCAUCCUCUGGGAGAUCGCCCGGCGCUGCGUCUCUGGAGGCAUCGUAGAGGAGUACCAGCUGCCCUACCAUGACCUGGUGUCCUCUGACCCCUCCUACGAGGACAUGAGGGAGGUUGUGUGCAUCAAGAGACAGAGGCCCUCAUUCGCCAACCGCUGGAACAGUGAUGAGUGUCUCAGACAGAUGGGGAAGCUGAUGACGGAGUGCUGGGCCCACAACCCAGCCUCUCGCCUCACAGCUCUGAGAGUGAAGAAGACCCUGGCCAAGAUGUCUGAGACUCAGGAUAUCAAACUGUGACACGCUGCUACUGCCACAUAGAGACACUCAACACCUAGAGACAUGUCCAUGGCCUAGUGCCACUCUGCCAGGACCACGGGAGGAGGGCAAGGCGAGUGGGAGAGAGAUAGUCAGGGUCUGCUCUCUUUUUGCCCAUGCCACUGCCACCUCUGGGAUAGAGAGUGUCCCAGUGGGCAGGGUCUGGUCUGGUGUUGCUUUCUGUGAAAGCUGAUUGGCUCUCUAAAUGAAGGGGGGACACAAGGACAGACAGUGCCCUAUGCAGGAGAGGAGAAGUCACUCUCUCCCUCACAGUAGAGGGUUAGGAGGGUGGGGGUCCUGCUCUGUCCAUCUAAAGCCAUAUAACAGUGUUUGUUUUUGUGGUAACACUUUAUUUGAACUAGCCACCAUCAAUCCCCUUCAAACCAAUGUCAGAAUGUUCAUGAAACUUUGACAUGUUUACAACAUUUAUGUAGGGUUAUGAGGCUAGUUCAAAUAGUGUUGCCGUUGUUGCCCAUUGUGCUAUUUAUUUGUCUUUUUUUUUUUUUACAACUGUAGAGAAAUCUCUACAUACUGUUGGAAGUGAAGUAUAUAUCUCUUGCAGCAUUACAGCUUUAGAAACCCAGGCAUUUGUUUCUUCUAUUCACACAGGAAAACACACAGCUUCAAUAUUGACCUACAUGUGGGCCAUUUGACUAUCCAAGGGAGCCAUUCUUAGUCCCCUGAAAUGUCUAUGUACUGUUUCAACAACUGACUAUAGGAGAAAAUGAUACAACAUGGUUAAUACGCUUGGGAGUGAUGUUACUCAGGCUAGCUGAUGGUUAAUACGCUUGGGAGUGAUGUUACUCAGGCUAGCUGAUGGUUAAUACGCUUGGGAUGGAUGUUACUCAGGCUAGCUGAUGGUUAAUACGCUUGGGAGUGAUGUUACUCAGGCUAGCUGAUGGUUAAUACGCUUGGGAUGGAUGUUACUCAGGCUAGCUGAUGGUUAAUACGCUUGGGAGUGAUGUUACUCAGGCUAGCUGAUGGUUAAUACGCUUGGGAUGGAUGUUACUCAGGCUAGCUGAUGGUUAAUAAGCUUGGGAGUGAUGUUACUCAGGCUAGCUGAUGGUUAAUACGCUUGGGAUGGAUGUUACUCAGGCUAGCUGAUGGUUAAUACGCUUGGGAGGGAUGUUACUCAGGCUAGCUGAUGGUUAAUAAGCUUGGGAGUGAUGUUACUCAGGCUAGCUGAUGGCUAAUACGCUUGGGGGUGAUGUUACUCAGGCUAGCUGAUGGUUAAUACGCUUGGGAUGGAUGUUAAUCAGGCUAGCUGAUGGUUAAUACGCUUGGGAGUGAUGUUACGCAGGCUAGCUGAUGGUUAAUACGCUUGGGAGUGAUGUUACUCAGGCUAGCUGAUGGUUAAUAAGCUUGGGAGUGAUGUUACUCAGGCUAGCUGAUGGUUAAUACGCUUGGGAGUGAUGUUACUCAAGCUAGCUGAUGGUUAAUACACUUGGGAGUGAUGUUACUCAGGCUAGCUGAUGGUUAAUACGCUUGGGAGUGAUGUUACUCAGGCUAGCUGAUGGUUAAUACGCUUGGGAUGGAUGUUACUCAGGCUAGCUGAUGGUUAAUAAGCUUGGGAGUGAUGUUACUCAGGCUAGCUGAUGGUUAAUACGCUUGGGGGUGAUGUUACUCAGGCUAGCUGAUGGUUACUACGCUUGGGAGGGAUGUUACUCAGGCUAGCUGAUGGUUAAUACGCUUGGGGGUGAUGUUACUCAGGCUAGCUGAUGGUUAAUACGCUUGGGAGUGAUGUUACUCAGGCUAGCUGAUGGUUAAUACGCUUGGGAGUGAUGUUACUCAGGCUAGCUGAUGGUUAAUAUGCUUGGGAGUGAUGUUACUCAGGCUAGCUGAUGGUUAAUACGCUUGGGAGUGAUGUUACUCAGGCUAGCUGAUGGUUAAUAAGCUUGGGAGUGAUGUUACUCAGGCUAGCUGAUGGUUAAUAAGCUUGGGAGUGAUGUUACUCAGGCUAGCUGAUGGUUAAUACGCUUGGGAGAGAUGUUACUCAGGCUAGCUGAUGGUUAAUAAGCUUGGGAGUGAUGUUACUCAGGCUAGCUGAUGGUUAAUACGCUUGGGAGAGAUGUUACUCAGGCUAGCUGAUGGUUAAUACGCUUGGGGGUGAUGUUACUCAGGCUAGCUGAUGGUUAAUACGCUUGGGAGUGAUGUUACUCAGGCUAGCUGAUGGUUAAUACGCUUGGGAGUGAUGUUACUCAGGCUAGCUGAUGGUUAAUACGCUUGGGAGUGAUGUUACUCAGGCUAGCUGAUGGUUAAUACGCUUGGGA